AUGUCAAGCGCCAAUGAUACAAUAUUAUACAUUGCAAGACUUCAAUAUAUUUCGGGACAAAUAACUAUGUAUAUGUCAAUUAUUAUCUAUGCUUUUGGUGUGAUUGGCAAUGUACUUAAUUUGUUAGUAUUUGGACAACAAUCACUACGUUCACAGCCAUGUGUCGUCUAUUUUCUUCUGGUUAGCAUAUUAAAUUUAACAAUUAUUUUCGCGGGUGUUACACCGCGUGCAUUGCAAAGCUUUUUUCUGUUUAUGGAUCGAACAGAAACGGUAUCUGUAUUGUGUAAACUACGUAUUGUCAGUAUUUUUGUAAUGCGUACUAUUGCAUCAUGGCUUUUAGCUCUUGCUUCUGUGGAUCGUUAUCUGAUUUCAAGUCGCAAUGCUCAUCUACGUCAAAUGAGCAAUAUGAAGAAUGCCUUUAUUUUGAUUUCAAUUAUUAGUAUCAUUUCACUUCUAGUUUGGGUUGAAUCUAUCUAUUGUUUUGAUGCUAAUUUGGUUGGUACGCCACAAAAAUGUUAUGCCAAAUCUGAUGCAUGCCGCACUUUUAAUGAUCUAACUCAAUCAAUUAUUACAACAAUCAUACCGUCGACAGUCAUGCUGAUUAUUGGUUUAUUUACUAUUAGGAAUAUUCAACAAGUUCAACGAGUAGGACCUUCUUCAAUUGACACAAGUACUGGUAAUACUAGAAGAAAUAGAAAAGAUGAAAAAAGUUUAACUCUAAUGUUAUUUGCACAAAUCAUGCUUUUAACUAUAUUUACUUUACCACAAGCCGGACAAAAAUUUUAUUUAACUUAUUCAUUUUAUAAACCUAAGACGUCAUCUCAGCGAGCACUCGAAAGUCUUAUUUUUAAUUUUGUUCUUCUCCUUACGUAUGCACCUAACUGCAUAGCAUUUUAUCUGUUUACACUAACUGGCACAUUAUUUCGGGCAACAUUAUUUAAAUUAUUAAAAGACGGAAUACAACAUUUGAACUGCUUUCACUAA